AUGUUCCCUUUGAAAGAUGGUUGUACAAAUGUUGAACUUCUUCAAAUGGUACAAAAAGAUUAUGAUCUAGACAAGAAAACCGAGAAGAGCCAAAGAGAAGCUGAAGAUGGUGACGAUGCUGAUGUGUCUGAUGAUGAAGAUGCUGAUGAAGAUGCUGAUGAAGAUGCUGAUGAAGAUAGUAAUGCUGCUGACUAUGUUCAAGAAAGUGGUGAUGUUGCUGUUGAUGUUGACGAUGGUGUAAACUACAGUGAUUAUGGGAAAGUGAAAGGUGAGGAAUCUGACGAGGAUGCAAAAGAAACGCUGUAUGAUGGCCAUAAAGCACAAUGCUCUGGUAGUGAAAGAAGAUCCUUGUCUCUUAAUGACAAUAUAUAUGCCGUUCAGAGUUUUGCUAGUAAGGAUGAGCUUGUUUCAAAGCUGAAGUCGAUUGCUGUGAAGGGUAAAUUUAUAUUCACAGCAUAUAAGACAACGAAAACUCUGUAUGUGGCUAAGUGUAGUGUUCAAGGAUGUGGUUGGAAGCUUAGAGCAAGUGUGAAGCAUGGACCAAAGACAUUUUGGGUGACAAAAUAUUUGAAAACUCAUACUUGUUCAGUGGCGGAUCGGAUGGCUCAGCGGAAACAUUAUACUCCAAAAUAUGUUGCAAGGCUAUUCAUAGAUCGGGUUGGGAUUAUAGAUGGGCUUACACCGAAGCAUAUCAAAGACGCGAUGAGGAACAUGUUUGGGAUGAGCCUAGAUUACAACACUUCGUACCGAGCUCUAUUAGCUGCCCAAGUGCUUGUGAGAGAAACAGCAGAAGAUGGAUAUGAGAAUCUGCCUUCUUAUUUGCGUCAAAUCGAGAUGUCGAAUCCGGGAACUGUCAUAUGUCUUGAGAAAGAUGGUCAAAACAGAUUCAAGUAUCUAUUCCUAUCUUUUGGAGCUUCGAUAGCUGGUUUUAACUACCUUAGGAGGGUUAUUGUGGUGGAUGGGACUCAUCUAUGUGGAAAGUAUGAAGGUACCUUGCUAGUUGCGGCUGCUCAAGACGGUAACUUUCAGAUAUUUCCAUUGGCUUUUGCGAUUGUCGAUGCAGAGAAUGAUGAGUCGUGGGAAUGGUUUUUUACCAAUUUGCGGAGGUGUGUUUCAUCUGAUUAUCCUUUGGUGAUAGUUUCUGACAGGCACGGUUCCAUUAAGAAGGCCUGUGAGAAGGUUUUCCCUUGGGCAAAGCGAGGGAUAUGCUAUUAUCAUCUACAACAGAACAUAGUCCAAAAAUUCAAGAGAAAGCACAUGUUGUACUUGGUCAAAGGCGCUGCUUAUGCACACACGCUAUUCGAUUUUGACCGCUACAUGGAUGAGAUAAGGAGUAUAAACCCUGCUCUUGCAACAUAUUUGGAGAAUGCUGACGUCUCGUUAUGGUCACGAGUUCACUUUCAAGGUGACCGAUACAACAUAAAGACUAGCAACAUUGCAGAAUCGAUCAACUCAGCACUGAAGCCAGCCAAAGGAUUUUCCAUCUCAUUCCUUCUAGAAUUCAUACGCGAAAAGCUAGGAAGGUGGUUCUAUAAAAGGAGAGAAGAUGCUUUGAGUCUCACAUCACAACUUAGUCGGGGAGUUGAAAAUUUGUUGGCUAUUCGUGAAGAGUAUGCAGAUAUGAUGAGUGUGGAACAAAUUGAUGGUUGGCAGUUUCUUGUGAGGGGAGGACAUCGAGAUUAUGUUGUUGACUUACAAUUUCGGAGGUGUCAAUGUGGUGUUUUUGAUAUUGAGAAGAUACCUUGUUCACAUGCCAUUGCAGCUGCAAAGAAUGUGAAUAUUCAUGUCUCUACGCUGGUCUGUCCAUCAUAUUCAAAGAAUUAUCUUUAUGCAGCAUACGCGGCCAAUAUCUUUCCCAAAAGUGACGUUUUCGAAGCUCCCACGGAGGACAAAAGUGAUGAUGCAGGAGCUACCACUGAGGACAGAAGUGAUGAUGAAGGAGCUACCGCAGAGGACAAAAGUGAUGAUGCAGGAGCUACCACUAAGGACAAAUGCCUACCUCCGGAAGUCAAGCGUGGUCGGGGUAGGCAAAAGAAGUCGAGGUGGCAGUCUUGGCUAGAAAUUUCCAGGAUGAGGGGAAAGCAACCGCGAAAACUACACAAGGAUUAUAGUUCCUCCCAAUGCAAACAACCGGGUCACACUCGUCCACACUGUCCAGGUUAA